AUGCAAUUAGCGUUGUUGGCAUUAGUAGCGUCGGCGCUGCUGUUUAGCGCUAUCAGCGCACAGCCUGUGAAGCGUGAAGCUUCGCCGGAUUCGCACAGUUCGUCGGAGGAGCAUAAGGAGCAUAAGCUACAGCAUAACAAGCCUGAUAACUCUGAUGAGUCAUCCGAAGAGAAGCACAAGCAGCACAAGCGCUCCAUGGCGCCUGCGACAGACAUGGCCCAUUUUCAUUUCUUUGAGGAAGAUGAUGGCUUUCCUGAAAACAACAGCGCAGAACCAGUAAGACGCUCCAUUGCCAAGGACUCGAGCAGUUCAUCGGAAGAGCAUAAGGAUAAGGCGAAUGAGAACAAAUCUGACAGCUCUGCUGAUUCGUCCGAAGAGAAGCACAAGCAGCGUAAACGCCGCGCUGCUGGCAAGGACUCGAGCAGCUCAUCGGAGGAGCAUAAGGAUAAGGACCAGCAGAACAAGUCUGACAGCUCUGAUGAUUCAUCCGAAGAGAAGCACAAGCAGCGUAAACGCCGCGCAGCUGGCAAGGACUCGAGCAGUUCAUCGGAAGAACAUAAGGAUAAGGACCAGCAGAACAAGUCUGACAGCUCUGAUGAUUCAUCCGAAGAGAAGCACAAGCAUCGUAAACGUCGCGCAGCUGGCAAGGACUCGAGCGGCUCAUCGGAGGAGCAUAAGGAUAAGGCACAGGAGAACAAGUCUGACAGCUCUGCUGAUUCAUCCGAAGAGAAGCAUAAGCAUCGUACACGCCGCGCCGAUGGCCAGGAUUCCAGAGGAUCAUCUGAGGAGCAGCCGGGCAAGCAUAAGCAUAAGCACCAUGGCAGCUCUGGGGAGUCCUCCGAGGAGAAGCACAAGCCUGCGCGCAAGACACGCUCAGCUGGAAACAACAAUUCUAGUGACUCUAGCAAUAGCUCCAAGAGCAGCAACAGCAGCUCAUCCUCUGAGGAGCAUCAAGACGUUGAAGUGCCGCAUCGACGCAAGCGCGAAGUGCCCAACAGUAUGCUGUUGACAAACUCAAUGGAGCUGCUGCAAAGUCCUGAUGAAAGCACAGCUGACAUCAAUGUCAAUGCUGAGCCCGAGGCGGAGGCGGAGGCGGAUAUUGCGGCUGAAGCAACGCCAGCGCAGAGCGAUAGCAAUGAGGACUAUGCUCAGGGCUGUGAGGUGCAUGAUGCGGACUUCAAGGAGGCCCUAAACGAAAUCAACUAUGUGGACAACUAG